AAAGGAAAAAAAAAACAAAAAAACAAAAGUCAAUUCAUUUUCCCUCUUUAUUAUCUUUCUUAUAUUUAUAAGUACACACAAUUAAAUUCUCCCUUUUCUUUAUGUGCUUUGAUUAGGUUUUUGUUUAAUUCUUUUUAUGGGAAAAUCGCCGCCGAGCGCAUCCAAGGUUCAACGUCUCGCAAAGGCCACCGCACAGCAUCUCAACAGGACAGGGAAAAACACAAAACCCACAACGCAGAACCGGCUGAUUAUAAGUGAAGACAAGUCCAAGAAGAAGAUGGAGAGCUCUAGUGCCAGUCAACGUCUGCCACUCUCCGAGGUUGUCUCUGAUUGCGUCAAGCGUUGGUUCAAAGACACUCUCAAGGAGGCCAAAGCUGGCGAUGUCAACAUGCAGGUUCUGAUCGCUCAAAUGUAUUAUAGCGGUUAUGGGGUUCCUCGAGAUGCACAACAGGGAAGAAUUUGGAUGACAAGGGCCUCGAGGGUUCGGUCUUCGGUCUGGAAAGUCAGCGAUAAGCAUCCAGGUUAUAAUGCAAGUGAUUCAGAUUCAGAUGAAAUGAAGGGUGAUUCUUGAGAUAAUCCACUUGGUCUCUGCAUUUGGAACAUUUAGAACUGGUUCACAUAGUUGUGAUGCCUGUUUUGUCUCAUUGAAUGUGUUUGUGACAAUCUUUUUUCUAUUUGUUUUUGUUUUUCAUGUAUAAGUCAGUUUCUUUUUUUAUUCUUUUUUUUUUCCUUUCCUUUUACCACCAGAUACAUAUGGCAUCAGUUUAUUAUCAUAGGAUAAUUUGUUAAAUGUUGUCUUUUACUUUGGUUUGAGUCUUGAUGAAAUGGUGAAUUUUGGCAAAAUGAUCCUUUCGAGCCAAAUGAUUAUCAUAUUUUGUAAUGAAGAGUUAAUUGAUUAAUAGAAAAUAUAUAUAAUAAUGCAUAUUAAAGCUCUCAAGUUAUGCAAUGCA